AGAAAAAGUUAAUGUCAAAGAUCUGAAAAAUAUUUUGGAAGACAUUGGGAUAGAAUUCACACCUAAAGAAUACCUGGAACUGGUAAAAAAUCUUCAAGUUGAUGAUUAUGGAAAUGUAUACAAAAAUAGAUUGCUAGAUGGUGUGAAAUCUUUCAAUCGUGGGAAGGUUGAUGUCAGUAACCUGGAAGACAUUUUAGAAAACAUGAAAAUCAAGCUCCCAGAUGAGAAGCUUAAAGAUUUGUCACAAAACCUACCAACUGAUGCUUCUGGGAUGGCUGAUCUGCAUAAACUGCUAAAGGAAAUUAAGAAAUUCACAGGAGGAAAAGUUGAAGCCAAGGACAUACACAAAACACUGGGAAACAUGGGGCUAGAGCUUACAGAUAGAGAGCUCUGGGGGCUGUUGAAAACGUUGCCAGUUACUGCUGAUGGAAAGGUAGAGAAAAAUACAUUGCUCGAUUAUAUAAAAGCUUUUCCUGGUGGAAGGUGUCGUACCUCUAAAAUAGAAAGCAUCCUGGAAAACUUGGGUUAUGAGCUGGAGGAUGAGGAACUUGAGGACCUGUGCAACCAUCUGCCAACUGAUGAUGAAAAGGUUAAGCUGAAUACGCUCAUGAAAAAUGUAGAGCCGUUCAGAGGAAUCAAGAUUCAUUUUGAUGAAGUAGGUGAUGUUUUGAAAAACAUAGGGAUAGAACUCACACCUAAGGAACUCUGGAAGCUGCAAAAAACUCUGCCAAUUACUUCUGAUGGAAAGGUGUAUUGCAGUCGGUUGCUAGAUGGUUUAAAGACUUUUCAAGGUGGGAAAAUUUUAGAGAAUAAAAUAGAAAACAUUCUGGAAAACUUGAACUAUGACCUUAAAAGGAAAGAAAUCCAAGAUCUACGCAAUCAUCUGAAAACUGACAAUAAUGGAAAGAUUUCACUGAGCUCCUUUAUGGGUACAGCAAAUUUAUUUUCUGGUGGUAAAAUUAAUGCCAGUGACACACAACUUUAUCUGGAAAAUGUAGGAAUUGAAUUAACAAGGAAAGAAAGCCUGGAUCUGCUGAACAUAUUGCCAUUGGAUGAUAAUAGAAAAGUGUAUAAGAAUAGAUUGAUGGAUGGAGUGAAGACAUACAGAGGAGGAAAAGUCAAUAUCAGUAAACUAGAUGAUGUUCUUGAAAACAUGGGAUUCUCACUUGAGGAGGAAGAAAUUGAGGAACUGUACACUCACUUGCCAAUUGAUGAGGAGAGAAGAGUUAAAAUGGUUAAACUUCUGGAUGAAGUGCAUGAACUUCUAGGGGAAGAAGUUACCUCUGAAGACCUGGAAAAUACUCUGAAAAACACAGGGUUAAGACUCAGACUGAAGGAAAACACUAUGUUGAUGAAAAGUUUGCCGCUUGAUGCUGCUGGAAAAUUGUAUGAGCAUAGAUUGCUGGGUGACAUAAGGUCUCUCAAAGGAGUGGAGCUUAAUGUUAAUAAGUUAGGACCUUUCAUGAAAAAUAUGGGCUUUAACCUGGAAAAAGAAGAAUACCUUGACCUGCUUAGCAACCUGCCUGCUGAUGAUGAGGGGAAUAUUGAAGUGAAUGUGGUAAUGGAUGAAGGAAAUCUUUUUACAGGUGAGAAGAUUGAUAUGAGUAACCUGGAAACUUUUCUGGGAAAUAUGGGGAUUACACUCACAGAAGAUAAAGGCAUGGAACUACAAAACAAGCUUCCAGUCGAUGACAAAGGAAAGAUGUAUGUGAACAGAUUGAUGAAAGAGUUAAGGUCUCUUGAAGGGGUGAAGGUAUCUCCAAAUAAGGUGAACACUUUCUUGAAAAACAUGGGAAUUGAUCUCAAGGAGAAAGAAAUCCAGGAACUGAAGGACUGCCUACCAGUUGAUGCCAAUGGGAAGAUUGACUUAAAUGUGUUGGUGGAUGAAGUUAAAAAUAUCACAGGAGAGAAGAUUCCUAUUGAGGACCUGAAAAAUGUUCUGAAAGACAUGGGAGUAAAGAUCACAAACAAGGAACAUAAGAAGCUUCUGAAAACUCUGCCAGUUUCCGCUGAUAGAAAGGUGUUUGAGAAAGCAUUACUGGAGGGUGUGAAAUCUUUCAAAGGAGGAAGGGUUAGUGUCAGUGACCUAAAAAAUGUUCUAUGGAAUACUGGGUUCAGACUUGAAGAAAAGGAAAUCCAGGACCUGCAGAGCCACCUACCAGUUAUUGAAGAUGAAAAGAUUGAUUUGGAUACGUUGAUGGAAGCAGCUAGUGCUUUUACAGGAGAAAAGGUUGAAGCCAAUGACUUAAAAAAUGUGCUGAGAAACAUGGGAAUUGAGACCACUGAAAAAGAACAGUUGAUGCUGUUGAAAACUCUGCCAAUCUCUAGAGAUGGAAUGGUGUAUAAGAAGAGAUUAUUGAAUAGUGUGAAGCCUCUCAAAGGGAAAAAAGUCAGUGUCAAGAACCUGAACACCCUUGUAAAGAACAUGGGGAUUCAGCUUGAGAAAGAGGACUUUCAGGACUUACUGAACCACCUGCCCAUUGAUGAGAAUAAAAUGGUUGAUUUAAAUGUGGUGAUGGAUGACGCAAAAGCUUUUACAGGAGAGAAAGUUAAUGUCAAUAAUCUGAGCAAUGUGAUGAGGAAAAUGGGGCUAGUACUCACUGAUGAGGAGAAGCAGCAGCUGCUAAAAACUCUACCCAUUCAUGCUGAUGGAAAAGUAUAUAACAAUAGAUUGCUAAAAGGUGUGAAGGCCCUCAAUGGACCAAGGGUCAAACUCAGAAAAGUGAAAUCUGUGAUGGAAAACAUGGGAAUUAAACUCAAGGAUGAGGAACUUGAGGAACUAAUGACCCAACUGUCAACUGAUGAUGAUAGAACAGUUGGUCUGAAUGAUUUGAUGGAUACUGUCAGUUGCAUCAAGGGAAAUGGGAAGGUUAGAGUGGAUUCAAUAAUGGAGGACCUAAAGAAGUUUAAAUCAAAAGGGAUGGUGCCGCUACAUAAGUUGAUGAAAACUGGACAUGAUACUAAAGACAGAGUUAUUGGCCCCAUGGCAGUUUCUGACAUUAAAUCAAAAUUUAAGCUAAAUCCUCUAACAAAAGUACCCAGCUCCCAUGGCAAGAGGGAUAAAGAUUUACCAGGAUCUCUCCCCUGCCAAAACAAAGAAAAGAAGCUGAAUGCUUCACAAAUGCAAGCCUUCCGAGAUGCCUACAACUUCUUUAACAAGGAUAAAACUGGCUGUAUUGAUUUACAUGGAAUGACGUGCACUUUAGCUAAGUUGGGAAUGAAUCUAACCAAGCAUGAUGUCUAUAAUGAAUUAAGAUGUGCUGAUAUUGAUCGAGAUGGGAAAGUGAAUUUCUCAGACUUUAUAAAGGUGCUAACAGAUAAAAACCGCUUCCUUAAAGCUGUGGUUCCAGAAAAGGAGAAAUGUUUAGAUUCAGCUGGCAACCCAGGGAUCCUGUUGUUUGAAAUCCUAUCAAAGCUUGUAGAGACUUCAGCUUUACCCAGAAAGGCUAUAAUGGAAAUAGUAAGCUAUUUCCGAAGAAAAUUCCAAGAUACCACGUCAGGAAGGUCGUGGAGUCCCUACACUAUGGGUUAUGGAAAAAGGAGAUUUAAACCAGACAUAUGCACACCUCCAAGCUCAAGCACAGCCGCCUUUGCUAAUGCUGCCCGAAUCACAAUAAUGAAAGAAAAGGAUUUACUUACAUUUCUUGAAGAGCUCAAGAGGUGCAGUCCUCCUUCAGGUAGCCCAUAUUCAAAAAUACCCGUCUUUCCAUUGUUUCCUAAUAUGGACGGGGUGGUGAUGGGAAAGCCAUUCAAAGACAUACAGAAAUUAGAAAUGCUAAGGAGAAGGGAGCCUCUGGAUUUCUUUGAGAACUACUUUUUCCAUAAAAGAGACUGGAAGACACAGGCAGCAAAUGUAAAGCCUAUCGACCCAGUCUCAGGCUAUCCAAGUGACAUCCUAGCCAUUGACCAAAUACUCAAGAAAAAGCAGAAUUGGACAGUGACAGAUGCAACUGCUAUUAAACAGCACGUGAAGAGAGCUACUGAUGCCUAUAACUUGGGAAUUGCCCUUGAGCACCGGAAAGACAUGCUAAACCUCUGGCAGAAAAUCCGAGGGGAUCUGAUUGGAGUAGACACUAAAAAUGAGUCCUUUUAUGACACCUUUUCUACUUAUACGUGGUCCUGGAAUGUUUGCCAAGAAUUACUUUCGCCGAAGGACUUAAGGUUAUGUGAUGCCCACAUGAACAGGAAUACCUUCCACAACUCUGUAUUCUCUUCUUCCUCGGAUAUCAGUGAGUGUGACACAGAGACAGGAAGAAAAAGAAAACGGAAAGCUUUCAAAGGGUUUCGACAAUGAAAUUUCUACAUUUUCUAAACAGCUCAUUGCAAACUACUUUUUCAUAGAUAUCAAAAUUACGGUUUCUUGCUUUUGUCUAGUACAUUCUUAGCCGCUAGAAAUGUUGACAUCUUUUGGAUUCUGACCAGUAAAA